AUGCGGCGCGCGAUUCGGCUCGACGUCUUGAGGAUCUGCGGGGAUGCGGCGCCGGUGUCGAUGGGCACGGUUCUCGACGACCUCCUCGCCCUUUUGCUCGAUCUGGGUGACGGCGGCCUCCUGCUGGACGACGAGCACGUCCAUGUCCUGGAACAGCUGGGCGAGCUCGACCAUCUGCUGCUCAAUCUUCUGCAGGGCGGCCUGGCGGUCCUGGACGGCGUUGAGGACGGCGUUGGCCUGGGCCUGGCGGCCGCUCUGCAUGACGGCCUGCUGGAAGAUCUGGGCGCCGGCGCCGGCGUCCUCGACGGCCUCGCGGACCUCGCGCUCGUCGGCGUCGGGGCGGACGAUCCUGUACUGGCGGGCCAUCUGGUCCUGGGUGCGCUUGCGGAAGGCGGACUCGACCUGCUGGUACUGCUGGAUGGCGCCCUUGAGACGGCGAUCGACGCGGCCGACCUGCGGCGAGUUCCUGGGCGAUUGGCCGUCGGGGCUGGACUUGACUGUGCGGACGCGAUCGGUGAGCGAGCGGUACAUGGUCAUGGUCUCGGAGGAGAGGGCGUCGAGCUGGCGGGCGGUCGACGAGCUCGCCGACGUGUCGGCGUCGGUGAGGGUGCGCUCCUGCAGCAUGCGCAGCUGGUUCAGGUUGGCCUCGAUCUGGUCGAUGCCCUGGUCGAUGGAGCGGCACUCGUUGAGGAUGGCGUUGGGGUCCGACUGGCCGAAGCCGCUCGCGUUCUGGGCGAGGGAUUCCAUCUCGACGUUGGCUCCUGGAACGUGGGGGGCACGCACUGUCAGCACUCGAGCACAUACGACCGUCGCGGCCAGGCCGUACCGUAUUGGUCCCUACCCAUAGUUGGUCCCUGA